GUGGGACAUAACUCCCAAGCUCCCACCAAUGGCGACCCGGUGUGGGGUUUACCGUCGUUUCCCCUUGUACCAUGUGACCGAGGGAAUCACAUGACCUGCGAUGCCAUCAAGGCCCCGGUGCAACGUGGGAAGUAACUAGGGACCAACAUGGAGCAGCUUGUGUGUCCGGAGAAUGAACAGCUCCCUAUACAUGUGAAGAUGGAGGACAACAAUCUACACAGCAAGGACCACUCUCAGCCGGUGAAUAAUGACCUACAUAGACACCAUGCAGAUGGCUUACCUGUAAUUGUCGACGUGAGGGGCAACAUUAAAGAAGAACCAAUGGAGGAAGAGUUUUCUGGGAAUACGGACCGUUCAGAGACAGAUGGUUUUGCAGACAAUGAACGUCUUACGGAUGUGAAAAUGGAGGAUGAGAAGCCAAAUGCGGAGAAUAAUGAAAUCUGCACAGGUCCAGCCGAUGAGAGUGAACGUCUUGUUACGGAUGUGAAGAUGGAGGAUGAGGACCUUCCAAACCCAGUGAACAAUGAAAUCUGCACAGAUCUAGCCGACGAUAAGGAAGCUCUUGUUACGGAUGUGAAGAUGGAGGAUGAAAAGCCAAACGUUGAGGACCUUCCAAACCCAGUGAACAAUGAAAUCUGCACAGAUCCAGCCAACGGAUGUUUGGAGCCUGCCAUCAAGAAUAUGGACGUGAAGAUGGAGGAAUGGAGGCCAAACGGAGAGGAGUUACAGCCGUCAGGACUUCCAACGGCCGGACCGGCACUUUUACAAGUUCAACUCCAGAAUGAAAACCUGAACCUCGCACGAGGUCCAAUACUCCUCAAUAACAGCAUACAAACCGUUCCAGUGGGCCAAUACAUUUUGAUUGAGAAUCAAAUUCCAACAUCCAAUCUUUUAAAUUAUCCCGUGGUACUUCAACAAGUAGUGGCUGGACCCACAGACCUUGGCCACAUAGCCAGUCCAGUAAAUAAUAACCAGGGUACAGAUGUUGUACGUACCACCAAAAAGAUUGCCCCACAUCCAGGGCCAAACCAGCCAGAAGAGUCACAUACCUGUUCUGAUUGUGGGAACAAAUUCAAGAGUAAUAGCGAAUUUAGCAAACACAGACUUACUCACAACAAUAACUCUACCCAGAGCGCCAGUGACAAGCCCGGUGCGUCCAGCUGCCAGCAAAGCCCUGCUACAGAGAAGGCAUUUACUUGUACUACUUGUGACAAAACAUUCACCAAGGAGAGCAGCUUCCGUUUGCAUAUGGACAACCACAAGGAGCCGAGCAAUCAUAUGGGAACUCCAAGGCAUUCAAAGGCGCCAGAGAUGAAUAAAGUGGAUGAGCUGCUGCAGAAGCCCUCUCAUUCCCUGACCAUGCAAGAGAAGCUAGACCUGAAAAGGUUAGGUCCUCCAAAACCCAACAUUGCUAUAUUGCAGGCAGCAAAAGACAGAGGAAAACAAUAUAACCGCAACUUUAACCCCCAAUGGUAUAAGAAAAAGAGCUGGCUUUGUGGUAGUGUCACUAAAUCGGCUUUAUUUUGUUUCCCUUGCUUGUUAUUUGGUGGUGAUGAGACUUGGACCAAAACCGGAGUCACCGACAUCAAGCAUUUGCCAGUGAAGGCUCAGAAGCAUGAAAUCAGCUCAUCGCACGUGGAAAACUGUCUGAACUUUAGUAUGCUGGGAACAGUGGGUACUGGGACACAACUGAAUCAUAACCCUCCCAGGAGCCUCAGAAAACACAAUGAAGAGGUGGAUAAAAACCGGCACAUUCUUUCAAAACUUAUAGAUUGUAUUCGUUUCUGUGGUGCUUUCGAAUUGGCAUUACGUGGCCACGACGAAUCCGAAUAUUCUUCACAUCAUGGGGUGUUUCUGGGCUUGGUGGACCUUGUUGCCAGUCUAGAUAGUGCGAUGGAGCAACAUUUGAAAACGGCAACUGUUUUUAAAGACGCCUCAAAAUCUAUCCAGAAUGAGCUUCUGGAUAUCAUGCUGGAUGUUACCCGGCAAGUCAUCCUACAAGAAAUGAAAGAAGCAGAUUUUGUGGCAAUACAGAUAGAUGAGACCACGGAUGUGACACCAAAGCCUCAGGCUGUUCUAGUGUACAGGUACAUACACAAAGGCAGAGCUGUAGAAAGAUAUUUUGGCUUCAUAUCUUUGGAUGGGUCUAAUGCAGAAACCAUUGUUGCGUCCUUUUUGGAAAAAUUAAACGUGGCUUUCCCACGGCACGAUGACAAAGCAAAAUUAAUAGCUCAAAGUUAUGAUGGAGCUGGUGUGCUGCACGGCGAAGAUGGAGGUAUGGCAAGAAAAGUAAAAGAUGUUUACCCAAACGCUCAUUAUGUUCACUGUUAUGCCCAUCAACUGGAUUUACUUAUACAGCAAGCAGCAUCCAGUGUCUCGGGAGUCCGAGUCUUCUUCUGUAACUUAGCUUCUAUCGCAGCUUAUUUCUCCCGAUCCCCUAAGAGGAUAGCGGUGCUUGAUGAAGUAGUGAGUAGAAGGCUUCCUGGAGCUACACGUCCACCGUGGAACUUUAGUAUCAGAACCGUGAAUGUCGUCUUAGAACACAGACAAGAUCUUAUCGAAUGUUUCAAAACCAUUCUGUCUCGUGCAGAUAAUUUUGAUUUUAUGUCUGUUAGUGAGGCCAAAUCAUAUGCAAUAUUACUAGAAGAAAGGGAAUUCCUGUACUUCCUAUGUCUGUUUAAAGAGAUUAUGCCGCACGUUAAUACCCUGUACAGCCAGCUACAGAAGACGGACACCAGUGCUGUGUUUAUUCGAAAUUCAAUCAAAGAAUUCACGCGCAACUUAAAAAAGAUCCGUGAUUCUAUUGAGGAUAUAGAGGGAAAAUUGCCAGAGCUGCCCGUGAACGCAAAAUAUUCGGGAAAACUGAUUGUAACAUUAAAUCAGAUCGGAAGGGAUGUGUGCAGCACUGUCCUAGAUUAUGCAAAAGAACACUUUUCAUUUUAUGACCAUCUUCUGGGUGCCAGUCUGUUGGCUACGGAGUUAUUUGACAAGUAUCUGCUUCGUUUUCCUUGCAAAGUGCUGGACGAUACGGUUUACGCGUACCCUAUGCUGAACAAGGAAAGGCUGCGCACUGAGCUAGAAAUAAUAUAUAAAAACAAGGAAUUUAGAUCCUGCUGUGGAGAAGUUGCAAUUUAUUGUUUUUUGAUUAGAAAUGACCUGAAUGAAGCUUUUAACGAGACGUUCACAUUGUUAAAGAUUUUUAUUACCACGCCGAUGCCAACCUCGGAAUCUGAUAGGUGCUUCUCAACAGUAAAGAAGAUAAAAAGGUUUCUUCAAAGCUCAAUGGCCGAGCAUCGACUGGAGGCUCUGUCCAUGCUCUCAGUGGAAAGGGAGCUGGUAAACAACAUCCCUGAGUUUAAUAACCGCAUCAUAGAGAAAUUUGCUGCUCUGAAAAAUCGCAGAGAACAUUUCAUGUACAAAUCCUAAAUUACUGAUUAAGACUACACUGGAUUCAGCUUUUAUUUUUUAUAUAAAAUACAGAUUAAGGAACAAAAAUACAGCUACAAUUUUACAAAGCUACUUUAAAUCACCUAUUUCAGCAAACCAAAAUGGGGAUCCAGUUACACUAUAUUACAUAUUGUGUUAAGCCCACCACUACAUCACCGUACCCCAAUAUCGGGUCGGUCCUACACUAAUUACAUCACAGUACCCCAAUAACAGUUGGUCCUACACUAAUUACAUCACAGUACCCCAAUCGCUCCUACACUAAUUACAUCACAGUACCCCAAUAUCUGUUGGUCCUACACUAAUUACUUCACCGUACCCCAAUAUCGGGUCGGUCCUACACUAAUUACAUCACAGUACCCCAAUCGGUCCUACACUAAUUACAUCACAGUACCCCAAUAUCUGUUGGUCCUACACUAAUUACUUCACCGUACCCCAAUAUCGGGUCGGUCCUACACUAAUUACUUCACCGUACCCCAAUAUCUGUUGGUUCUACACUAAUUACAUCACAGUACCCCAAUCGCUCCUACACUAAUUACAUCACAGUACCCCAAUAUCUGUUGGUCCUACACUAAUUACUUCACCGUACCCCAAUAUCGGGUCGGUCCUACACUAAUUACUUCACCGUACCCCAAUAUCUGUUGGUUCUACACUAAUUACAUCACAGUACCCCAAUCGUUCCUACACUAAUUACAUCACAGUACCCCAAUAUCUGUUGGUCCUACACUAAUUACUUCACCGUACCCCAAUAUCGGGUCGGUCCUACACUAAUUACUUCACCGUACCCCAAUAUCUGUUGGUUCUACACUAAUUACAUCACAGUACCCCAAUCGCUCCUACACUAAUUACAUCACAGUACCCCAAUAUCUGUUGGUCCUACACUAAUUACUUCACCGUACCCCAAUAUCGGGUCGGUCCUACACUAAUUACUUCACCGUACCCCAAUAUCUGUUGGUUCUACACUAAUUACAUCACAGUACCCCAAUCGCUCCUACACUAAUUACAUCACAGUACCCCAAUAUCUGUUGGUCCUAUACUAAUUACUUCACCGUACCCCAAUAUCGGGUCAGUCCUAUACUAAUUACUUCACCGUACCCCAAUAUCGGGUCAGUCCUACACUAAUUACAUCACCGUACCCCAAUAUCUGUUGGUCCUACACUAAUUACAUCACAGUACCCCAAUCGGUCCUACACUAAUUGCAUCACAGUACCCCAAUAUCUGUUGGUCCUACACUAAUUACAUCACAGUACCCCAAUAUCGGGUCGGUCCUACACUAAUUACAUCACAGUACCCCAAUAUCUGUUGGUCCUACACUAAUUACUUUACCGUACCCCAAUAUCGGGUCGGUCCUACACUAAUUACAUCACAGUACCCCAAUCGCUCCUACACUAAUUACUUCACCGUACCCCAAUAUCUGUUGGUCCUAUACUAAUUACAUCACAGUACCCCAAUAUCUGUUGGUCCUACACUAAUCCUAACGUCGGAGACAGAUAAAUUGUGUAGUUUAUUAAUCUGUAAGGGCUAUGUGAAUAUAUAAUGUAAACGGCUGAAAACACACGUUCCGGGUGUGCCCCAAU